AUGUUGUUUUGUACGGUUAACCGCGAAAUCGUCGACGGACCGCGGCCGAUAUGCGACGAGUUGUGAACAUCGUUAUCACUCGUCAGAGAAUUAUCUCGUUUAUUUAUUAUUGUGGUCACGGGACAGAAUGUGUACAAAACAAAAUCGAGAAAAAUUGCUACUUGUGAUACAUUGAUUUAAAAAAAAAAUAAAAAAUCACGAUAUGGAAGCUGACAAGAUUUCAAUAUUAGAAAAAUUGGUCUCUGCUUUAGAGCUGAAAGUAUACGGCACAAACAAAGAUACGGCAGCUUCUCUGCCGAGCGGUAACCUCCUCGAAGAAGUCAAACAAGUCGACAAUAACAUUGGUAAUGCGUGUAUUGGCCAUCCAUAUGCUACUGCAUUACUCAGCCAUGUAAAACUUUUGGACAAGUUGAUGGAUCCUUUUUAUGAAGACUAUCAAACUGAAUUGUCUAAACGUGAAGUUAUACUAUCUGCUGAAGCUGAAAUAGUGAAAUAUGCUCAACAAGUCCAACAGCUCAAUGAAAAAUGGCCUGCUCUAAAUGACAAGUAUUACAGUGAAAUAGACAAGCACACUGAAGAAAUUGAGAAAUUAGUUGAGAAUGAACGAAAACAACGUGAAUUAAUUAAACAACAAACUGAACAUAUAAAUACAUUAUUAUUCAGGUAUGAACAGGUUAUGUUAAAAUUUUCAGUGGUAUUCGAUACACUGGAGAAAGAAAUUACAGUAUUAGAGUAUAAAACUUCAAAAAAACCAGAAGAAGAUAAUGAAGACGAUAAAUAAUUCAAAUGCUAGUGUAUAUUAUGUAUUUAAAAAAUAUAAUUAUUAUUAAUUUCCAGUAACAUAUUUGUAUAUAAUAUAACUUGUUAAUAUAUAACCUAUAAUAUUCUUAAAACAAAUAAAAAUAAUAUAUUAAAAUA